AUUCCGUUCGGACCAGAUGCAGGACGGUCGCUGAAUCGCCGUAUGAAAACAAACCAGAUGUCAGCUAAUAUUUAAGCGCUGCUGAACUUCCUCGAGCCCUGGAGCUAUGAACGCGGAAGAUAUUUGCCAACGCACGCACACAACGUGAGGAGGCGCGAUGAACGCAAAGGACCGAGAGCGGCGCCGGACGCGCAAAGCUGGCAAACGAGCCGAAAGCGCGAGUGUCCUGCGCUCGCUCAGCGUCGACAACAUUGACGAGGAGAAUGAAACAAUGGCAGGCGAGCUGGACAUGGGCAAACAUGGCAGCCUGGAGAGGCGGAUCAUUGCUCCGCGGUACAGCUUGCUCCGUGAAGUUGGCAGGGGCAGCUAUGGCGUUGUGUACGAAGCCAUUGCCCGUAAAUCAGGUGCGAAAGUGGCAGUGAAAAAGCUGCGCUGUGACGCGCCCGAGAAUGUGGAGCUGGCGCUGGCCGAGUUCUGGGCUCUGACCAGCCUGGAGAAGCGCCACGAGAACGUGGUGCAGCUGGAGGAGUGUGUGCUCCAAAAAAACGGGAUGGCCCAGAAAAUGAGCCAUGGCAAUAAGCGUUCAAAGCAGUAUUUGAGGCUGGUGGAGACCUCGCUGAAAGGUGAGCGUGUGCUGUCGUGUCCUGAUGAGCCCUGCUACCUGUGGUUUGUCAUGGAGUUUUGUGAAGGAGGAGAUCUGAAUCAGUUCAUCCUGUCCCGCCAGCCUGAUCCCCACACCAACGCCAGCUUCAUGAUGCAAUUGAGCAGCGCUGUGGCGUUCCUUCACCAAAACAACAUUGUUCAUAGAGACCUCAAACCAGAUAACAUCCUUAUCUCGGAAAGUUCUGGAGCGCCUGUGUUGAAGGUGGCAGAUUUCGGACUGAGCAAAGUGUGUGCUGGUCUGAGUGCCGGAGUACGGGAUGCAGAAGAGGGACUUGACAAAAACAGGAACGGUGUUGUUAACAUCAAUAAGUUCUGGCUCUCGUCGGCAUGCGGAUCAGACUUUUACAUGGCACCAGAGGUUUGGGAAGGACAUUACACAGCCAAAGCGGACAUUUUUGCUCUGGGUAUUAUCAUCUGGGCCAUGAUCGAGAGAAUCACUUUCAUUGAUGCCGAGUCCAAACGGGAACUACUUGGGACGUAUGUGCGGCAGGGGUCUGACAUCGUCCCGGUUGGGGAGGCACUCCUGGAGAACCCAAAGAUGGUAUUGAGUAUUCCCCAGCGCAGGCGCUCGCACAUGUCCGAGGCACUCCGAAAACUUUUAAAGGACAUGCUGGCUGUCAAUCCUCAGGACCGACCAGACGCUCUGGAGCUGCACAAUAGGAUGGGACAGGUCACUUGCGCGGCGUGAACUUUGACCUCUGUCCUAAAAGCAUUGCACACACAGGUUUACCUGUUCCACGAGAGACCAGAAGGGACUGCAUUGCUUGGAAAGCUGUGAAUCUUCCACUGCUGAUUUAAUGUGAAGAGUACAAAGUACUCAACUUGGACACCAAUACAAUGUUUGCCACAUGUAGAUUUUUUGUUUACAGUAGUGAUUUAAACAAAUCAUUCAUCAAGCCCAGAAGUGUUCAGCCAAAUUCAAUCACCGGUUACGUCACUAAGAGUGAAGUAAUGCUAAAAAAAUGUUGAGAUACAGUAAGUACAAUCAAGCUAAAACUUGCAAGCUUUUUAUUAGUCUUAACAGGGGACCGGGACUUUAAAAUUCCUUUAGCAGAGCUUGCCUAGUUGCUCAUCUUCUCAAAACAAUCCUUUAAAAUUAACAAAGUAUUUCAAUUAUUUUAUUUGAUAAUUAAAGUUGUGUAAGCAGUGAAGCCUUCAGUAUAAUAACACAGUAACACAUUAAGACACUCACAAAAUACUUGACUACAUUUUUGUGCCCAACCAUAUAAAGAAAUGCACAUCACAUCAAAAUAAUUCCAUUUCCAUAUUCUCAUAGUCUUAUUCUUGGGUCCAACCUAUGGGUUCUCCAUACUUAAUCGGUGUUGUGAUAAGAUCGUCUAACACCAUGUGAAUCAAAAGCAAACUUUUAUAUCUUGAUUUUGUUUCUACUCACAUGCUCAUGAUCUUAAGCCCAAUAUUGAGAUUUUAUUUUCUCCUUGAAUGCAGAUCGACCCUGGUGCCUUGAAGUCUAGUGAUAGUUUUGUUUUUCAGCUUUAUCUUUUAAAUAUGCAGUGUAUUGUCAGAGCUUUUACACAUUACACUUUACAUUUUAGGCAUGUGCAGUUUAACCUUUUAGGUAUGGAGCCAGAUCAGUCUCACAAAUCAUACAUUUACAAAAUAUAAUUCAUACAUCCACAACACAAUUCAUAUUUUAAAAAAACACAAUUCAAAAAUACACAAAUCCAUUUAAUAAAUUCAAAAA